AUGGGGGGAUUGAAAAGUGAAUUCACAAGGGAUGUGGCGACACUCUUCUCUGUAUCUAUCCGGACUAUAAGUCGCAUUUGGCAUGACGCUAAACUUCAACUUCAACAUGGAUCAGUUGUUGAUGUAUCUUCGAAGAGGGCUAAUGUAAUUAGACGAAAAAGGAUACAAAUCGAUUUUACUCAUGUCUCACAAAUCCCACUACGUCGUCGAACAAAUAUUCGGUCUCUAGCAAAAGCAAUAAACGUUUCAAAAUCAACAAUGCAUAGAAGAAUUAAAGAAGGAGCUUUAAGACCACACACAAAUGCGAUCAAGCCGGAUUUAACCGAUCAGAAUAAGAAAGCAAGGUUAGAGUUUUGUUUAUCAAUGGUUACUCGAUCUUUUUCAAGUGCUAGUCCGACAUUUUAUGAUAUGUUUAAUGUGAUUCACAUAGAUGAAAAAUGGUUUUAUAUGUCAAAACCAUCCAAACGUUACUACCUUGUUCCCAACGAGGAUGAGCCGUUAAGAACAUGUAAAUCAAAAAAGUUUAUCACAAAAGUAAUGUUUCUAGCUGCAGUUGCACGACCAAGAUACAAUGCAUUGGGUAAUGAAGUGUUUUAA